AUGAGCGAUCGAGAGGGGAGGCCAACCGCGGCGGCAAGUCCUGUGGAUGUACACACCGGCUUGGCCAGUUUUUUCGCCUCUUCUCGUCUCUUCGGGACGUGUCUCACGGGUCUCCUGCGUCUCCUUCCUUGUUCUCUCCUCGUUACCUUUUUCUUCUUCCUCUCGCUGUUCUGCUUCUUCUCGCUGUCGUCGCCUCCGCAACCACCGUCUUCUUCCUCCUCACGCUCCCUCUUCGACUUUCCUCUCCGUUCUCCUUCUUCUCUCCCGUCUCUUCUGUCUCGUCUUCCCUUUCUUCUUCUCCCGCGUCUUCUCACUCCUCUCCUUCGUACUUUUUCCCCUUCGAUCGCCCGCCUUUUGGCGCGCCUCCGAUUGUGUCACCGCGACACCCCUACUCUGUCUGUGUCCAGUGCUUCCUCUCCGCCCUCGUCCUCGCCUUUUCUGUCCUCGCAGCUGACGCUCUCUCGCUUCUUUCUGGUCGGCCCGCCCGCGUCUCCCGCGCUGCGCGUCUUCGAAGCAGAUUCCUUUCCACAGAUGCAACCCAGGCGUCUGUACAGCUCGCGAACCGUCCAAGUCGGACCUCCAGAGACGUACACAGGCUUCUCCGUCGACGCGCUCUGGAGCGCCUUUCUCAGCGGUCCCCAGGAAUAUUUUCUCUGUCUCUGGUUCCUCUCUUCAAUGGCCAUGUUUGGCUGUUUCUGCAGCUGGAUCUGCCAGCAGCGAACUUUCCAAAGGGCCGUCCUCGUCUCCCCCUAA